AACCAUAAUUUUGGCCAAGGAGCAAAAUUAUAGUGGCAGGAUAAUGGAUUCUUCGACUCUGAAACCAAGACUUGAAAACAAGGUAGCCAUCGUUACUGGUGGAGCUCGGGGCAUUGGAGAAUGUAUUGUGAGGUCGUUCGUAAAGCAUGGAGCAAAAGUAGUUAUUCUUGAUGUCAGAGAUGAGUUGGGGCAACUGGUUUGCCAAGACUUGGGUGUUGAGUUUGUAUCUUUCGUUCACUGCGACGUAACCGUUGAAUUAGAUGUAGAGAACGCCAUCAACACCACAAUCGCUAAGCACGGGCAAUUGGACAUCAUGGUUAACAACGCAGGGACUUGCGAUAAGCUAGAGCUUAGCAUUUUAGACAAUGACAAGGCAGACUUCGAGCGGAUUAUUAAUGUCAAUCUGAUUGGAGUGUUCUUGGGAACCAAACAUGCAGCACGUGUGAUGAUCCCAAAAUGCAGUGGGAGCAUCAUCACAACUGCAAGUAUAGCUUCUAUCACAGGUGGGCUUUCAUCUCAUGCUUACACAAGCUCAAAGCAUGGUGUGGUUGGACUAGCAAAGAACGUUGCUGCUGAACUAGGAAAGUAUCAAAUCUGUGUCAAUUGCAUAUCGCCCUAUGUUAUACCAACUCAACUAGCAAUGAAGUUCUUCAACAUGGAUGAAAACUCGACUGUGUUCUCAAACCUUAAUGGCAAGAAACUUGGAUCACAAGAUGUUGCAAAUGCAGCUGUUUUUUUAGCAAGUGAUGAGUCUGGGUAUAUGAGUGGACAUAACUUGGUCGUAGAUGGUGGUUACUCCGUUCUCAAUCCUGCAUUUGGCUUGUUUUCGUUGACAGGAUAGAAUCCUACAUCAACACAUCUUUCUUAUGUUUUGUGUGCCUGCGUUUAUUUUCCUUUUUUGUUAUUGUUUUCUUGGUUGAAUAAUAUCGUAUUCCAAUAUCAAAUCCUCAUAAUAACCAAGUGAAAGAACUUGAUGAUAUCAAAACAUCUUAUGUAA